CCUGAGAUUCAGAAAUUCCUCUUGGAGCGUAAUUUUUAGAAGACGAAGAACCAAUAAAAGCCCUGGAUAUGAGUAAUUUGCACGUUCCUCUCCAUCUCCCUCCACUAUCCGCUCGAUCAUCGACUUCCUACCCAUUUUCCAGGCAAAAGUUUGAACCAGAGGGUUAUAUGUCGAAUCCACCGCAGGGCAUCCAGGAACUUAAGUCUGCCGAAAUCAAUAACACACAAGUGGAAAGUAGAAUGGAGAGAAUACAGGCAGCAAACACCUGAUUGAGAAGGUCUUUGCUGAUCAUCGGCUGAGGAUGGUCCCAUU